AUGAGCGGGGGCGUCUACGGCGGAGAUGAGGUGGGGGCGCUGGUCUUUGACAUUGGCUCCUUCUCAGUCCGCGCUGGGUACGCUGGGGAGGACUGCCCCAAGGCUGACUUCCCCACCACGGUGGGGCUGCUGGCCGCGGAGGAGGGGGGCGGGCUGGAGUUGGAGGGGGAGAAAGAGAAGAAAGGGAAGAUCUUCCACAUCGACACCAACGCCCUGCAUGUGCCUCGGGAUGGAGCUGAGGUCAUGUCGCCCCUCAAGAAUGGCAUGAUUGAGGACUGGGAGUGCUUCCGUGCCAUCCUGGAUCACACCUACAGUAAACACGUCAAGUCUGAGCCAAACCUGCACCCAGUGCUCAUGUCCGAGGCCCCGUGGAAUACACGGGCCAAGCGGGAGAAGCUGACAGAGCUGAUGUUCGAGCAGUACAACAUUCCUGCCUUCUUCUUAUGCAAGACGGCUGUGCUCACCGCCUUUGCAAAUGGACGUUCCACGGGCCUGGUGCUGGACAGUGGGGCCACCCACACCACGGCCAUCCCAGUGCAUGACGGCUACGUCCUACAGCAAGGCAUUGUCAAGUCACCUCUGGCAGGAGACUUCAUCUCCAUGCAGUGCCGGGAGCUCUUCCAGGAAAUGGCCAUUGACAUCAUCCCACCCUACAUGAUUGCAGCCAAGGAACCCGUACGGGAAGGUGCCCCUCCAAACUGGAAGAAGAAGGAGAAGCUACCCCAGGUUUCCAAGUCCUGGCAUAACUACAUGUGCAAUGAGGUGAUCCAGGACUUCCAGGCCUCUGUGCUGCAGGUCUCAGACUCUCCCUACGAUGAGCAGGUGGCUGCGCAAAUGCCCACAGUGCACUAUGAAAUGCCCAAUGGCUACAACACAGACUACGGCGCUGAGCGGCUCCGCAUCCCUGAGGGCCUGUUUGAUCCCUCCAAUGUCAAGGGCCUGUCGGGGAACACCAUGCUAGGUGUGGGCCACGUGGUGACCACCAGCAUUGGCAUGUGUGACAUCGACAUUCGCCCGGGCUUGUAUGGCAGUGUCAUUGUCACUGGCGGGAACACACUGCUCCAGGGCUUCACUGACAGGCUCAAUCGAGAGCUCUCCCAGAAGACCCCACCGAGCAUGCGACUGAAGCUCAUCGCCAGCAACAGCACCAUGGAGCGCAAGUUCAGCCCCUGGAUCGGGGGUUCCAUCUUGGCCUCGCUGGGCACUUUCCAGCAGAUGUGGAUCUCCAAGCAGGAAUAUGAGGAGGGAGGGAAGCAGUGCGUGGAGCGGAAGUGCCCCUGAGGGCGUCCCCUCAACACCCACUCGCCCGCCCGCCGCGGUGGGAUAGGGGACGCCAAAAGGCGGGGAGAGGGUUUCCCGGCUCGGCCUCCGCAAGCGCACAUCGAAGCCCCCACCCCAUGCCCUCGUCUCUUCCCCUCCCUUCUCUUCCGCUUAGAUGUGAUGUUUCUGGGUUGAAAGGAGUAAAAAUGUUUUAAGAAAAAAAAAAAAAAAGUUUGGCCUGCUUGGUGGGGGUGGAGGGCGUGGGGUCAAGGGCCUGGGGGGAAGCGAGGGGAGGAAGGCCCACACCUACGUCCUUUGAUGAUCCCACAGUGGACGCCGGGGCAAAGUCUGCGGAUGGGGACAGAGAUCCAGGAGCCGCAGAAGCCUCGGGUUUCAAGGGAGACCCAGGGAGGAUCCCGUAGCGAGGACACAGCAGAGUCGCUCAAGUGGGCCCCUAGCGAGGAGCCGAGUUGGGGCAGGAAACGGAUGCU